AUGACUGAAUUAAAGAAAAACGGUAAACGCUCAAUUGACAAUACUGACAAAAAGUCAAAUGUUAAGAAGCUAAAGCCUUCAGAAUCGUUAGACAAAACAAAAACGAACAGUAAACCAAAAUUUGACAAAUUUUCUGGAAAACAAAAAUUUGAGAAUAAAAAAUUCGGAAAAGGUAAUAAUAAAUUCGCAAAGAAGCCUCAGCAACCAGCAACUACUGAAAAAACUAAUUGGAAUGAGCUGAAACAAAAGAAAAAAGAUUUGAAAGUACAACGAAAGAAGAACAAAACGAAGGAUCUUUACGAAAUUGAUUUGAAAGCUAAAAAAAUUUACGAAGAAUUGAAAAUGAAAAGCACAAAGUCUAACAAAGAGCAAUUAUGUCAACAGUUGCAUGAUUUGAUGAAGAAUGCAGACUAUAGUAAACUGAGUUUAAGUCCAGACAGAGCUCGAAUCAUUCAAAUGCUUUUGAAGAAAGCUCCUCAAUCUAUAAAGGCUGAAAUUGCUGAGAAAAUGAUUCCUCAUAUCACUGAAGUUGCACUUUCUAAAUAUGGUAAAUUCUGUGUCAGUCGUCUCAUGAUUUACUGUGGAAAAGAUGUUCGUGAAAAAGCUGUCAAUGGACUUUUGAAGAAUAUUGUGAAGUUGACUUGUCACAAUUUUUCCAGUCCACUCAUCGAUGCCAUUUUCCUCAAUCAUGCGACACCAGAGCAGAAACUCUUCAUGAAACAAGAAAUGUAUUCAGAUCUUUAUAAAAACGAUAAGAGUCGGGACGUGAAGACGUUGAAAGAUACUUGGUCUGGCAGUGAAAUGCUUCGAAAUGGAAUAAUAAACAGCACAAAAAUGAACUUACUGAAAAUUGCAUCGAAGAAUCUCGUAGACAAUAGUUUAGUUCAUUCCGUUCUUUUAGAAUUCAUUGAGGAAGUUGGAGAACAAGAAAGAAACGAAAUGAUCACCGCAUUUAUUCCACAUCUUGCUGUAAUCGCAUCAACAAAACAAGGAUCAAGAGCUGCUGUUUUGUGUUAUCUUUAUUCAGUUGCAAAAGAACGUCGAGCAAUGUUAAAAGCAAUUAAAGAACAUGUAACAAAAUUAUGUAUUCAUGAACAUGGACAUUUGUUAGUUCUUGAAAUUUUGAACUCAACUGACGAUACUUUGAACAUUAAGAAGACAAUAAUUGCACAAAUUAUCGCUGAUAUUGAAACAAUCGUCAAUAGUGAGUAUGGAAAGCGAGUAAUUAUGUUCAUUGUUGCACCGACAAAAGAAUUCUUUCAUCCAACGACACUCGUCGAACUCGAGUCUGAUUUGAAAUUUGGAACACAAAAGAAGGAUUUAGAAAUUCGUCGAAAAGAGUUGAUCGAAGGAAUUUCAAAGGAACUUACAGAUGCGAUUAAGAAAAAUCCCAAUUUCUGGUUGAAAGGUGGACACACAGCUCGUGUGACUUUCGCUGCACUUCAAAGUUUGUCAGCUGCAAACAAUUUUGAUUUAUCAGAAACUUUUGAAACACUUUGUAAAGUUAUUUGUGAUGAAAAUUGGAAAGUGAAUGAGCAUGAAAGUACAACACAAGAUACGCCAACUUCAACUGAAAAAGCUGAAGUCAAUGAUACUGGAAAGAUUAAAAAGAAGAGGAAGAAUCCAUUAGAGAUUGUCAUCGAUAAGAAAGAUCAGAUUAUGAUUAGAGGGAUUGAAGAUCCAGGACUUCAUAUUGCCAUCAAAAAGAUUGCAAAGCUUCCAAAUUUCGCUGAACAAUUUGUUGAUCAUUUAACAGACGAACUUAUUGAAUCGUGGAUUUUAAUUAAUCGUGCAUGCUUUGUAUUGGUGGAAGUUCUUGAACAUGCUGAAGAUGAAGUUAAAUCAAAGUUAAUGGCGAUGUUGGCUCAGCAUAAGUCAAAUUUACAAAAGCAAAAACAUUCUGGGGCGAAAGUUUUGUUGAAGAAUUUAUAAAAAAGGAAUUAUAAUAAUAAUAAUAAUUAUAAUAA